AUGAGCUCCGAUCCCUGGGACUGCUUGUACCGAGGCAUGCUGCCGUUCCACGAGCACUUCCGCCACUCUGUCUCUCAGAUGUCGGCAAUCCUCACCACGUUGUCCCCUAGCGCGCCCGGCAAGAACAAAGUCAACAAUCUUGCCAACUUGCUCUACCUCUCCGCAUCGCUCUGCAGGUCCCUCGAUACGCACCACACCAUCGAAGAACGCUUCAUCUUCCCCACGCUCGCCAAGAAACUGCCGCAAUUUGCACAGUCGAGUCAACACACCAAGGAGCACGCUCAGAUGCACGAUGCGCUCGAGAACUUGGAAAAGUACGUCGAGCAGGUAGGCAGGAACCUGAGGACGGGCAAGCUCAAGAGUGGUGAAGAGCUUGUGGAUGUGUUUGACCACGCCAAGAUGGUCGGCCUUGUCGACGAGUUGAAGAAGGUGUUGUUGCCGCAUCUCGCGGCGGAAGAGGCGAGUCUGCGGGCUCCGGUGGUUAAGGCGGCUGGAUUCGAGUUGGGGGAGAUCAAGAACUUGAUUCGCUGA